AGCUACCUCGGCGCCGGCUCGGCUCUCUAGGACGUGUCCGGCUGCCCGGGUCGGGGGCGGCUCCCGCUGCCUCCGAGCCAAGCUGCCCGGCCUUCGGCGGUUGCAGGCAGACCACACUGCCCUCCAGAAACGAUGGGUGUCACUAGACCCAGCUGGGACUCUGCCAGGCUCCAGAGCUCAGUCUAAGAGAAGGGCCAUCUUCCAGCCCUGCUCCCCCUGCCUGUCAUGGCCACAUUCGGCUGCUGCCUGCUUGUUUGGGAACACAGGGCACCCAGCCCCAGCCCUGAGAGGUUAAGCCAGGCCUUCUGGCUCCAUGUCGCAGGGGCACUCCCGGCCUCAGGCCCCGUUCGGAGCAAGAGCAACUGAUGACAUGGGAGAAGCCCCUGCCUACCUGUCCGUUCACCUGGCACUGCCCGCUCUGAGACCCAUGCACUGGGUUCCCCUGGAGGUGCCAACCCUGUGAGUCCCUCCCCUGUUCCCUGACGCUGAGAAGGCCCUGCCUAGCCCCACCAUGUGUGAAGUGAUGCCCACAAUCAAUGAGGGGGACCCCCUGGGGCCCCCCCAUGGCGCCGAUGCUGACGCCAACUUUGAGCAGCUGAUGGUGAACAUGCUGGAUGAGCGGGAGAAGUUGCUGGAGUCCCUUCGGGAGAGUCAGGAGACCUUGGCGGUCACACAGAGCCGGCUCCAGGAUGCCCUGCAUGAGCGGGACCAGCUCCAGCGCCACCUUAACUCCGCCCUCCCCCAGGAAUUUGCCACCUUAACCCGGGAGCUGAGCAUGUGUCGGGAGCAGCUUCUAGAGCGGGAGGAAGAGAUAUCAGAGCUGAAGGCAGAACGGAAUAACACAAGACUGCUUCUGGAACAUCUGGAGUGCCUGGUGUCCCGCCACGAACGGUCACUUCGGAUGACUGUAGUGAAGCGCCAGGCCCAGUCGCCCUCAGGGGUCUCCAGUGAGGUGGAGGUGCUGAAGGCCCUCAAAUCAUUGUUUGAGCACCACAAGGCCCUGGAUGAGAAGGUGCGAGAGCGGCUCCGGGCAGCGCUGGAGCGAGUCACCACCUUGGAGGAGCAGCUGGCAGGUGCCCACCAGCAGGUGUCUGCCUUGCAGCAGGGGGCAGGGGUGCGGGAUGGAGCGGCAGAAGAGGAGGGGACUGCAGAGCUGGGGCCGAAACGCCUGUGGAAGGAUGAGGCGGGCCGGGUGGAGGAGCUGCAGGAGCUCCUGGAGAAGCAGAACUUUGAGCUGAGCCAGGCCCGGGAACGACUGGUCACCCUGACAGCAACCGUGGCUGAGCUUGAGGAGGACCUGGGCACGGCCCGCCGGGACCUCAUCAAGUCGGAGGAACUGAGCAGCAAGCAUCAGCGGGAUCUCCGGGAGGCUCUGGCCCAGAAGGAUGACAUGGAGGAGCGAAUCACCACACUGGAGAAGCGCUAUCUGGCUGCUCAGCGCGAGGCCACAUCCAUCCAUGACCUCAAUGACAAACUGGAGAAUGAGCUGGCCAACAAGGAGUCCCUGCACCGCCAGUGCGAGGAGAAGGCCCGACACCUGCAGGAGCUGCUGGAGGUGGCAGAGCAGAAGCUGCAGCAGACGAUGCGCAGGGCAGAGACGCUGCCAGAGGUGGAGGCUGAGCUGGCCCAGAGAAUUGCAGCCCUCACCAAGGCUGAAGAACGGCAUGGCAACAUUGAGGAGCACCUGCGGCAGCUGGAGGGGCAGCUGGAGGAGAAGAACCAGGAGCUGGCAAGGGUGCGCCAGCGGGAGAAGAUGAACGAGGACCACAACAAGCGGCUGUCAGACACCGUGGACCGACUGCUUAGCGAGUCGAACGAGCGCCUGCAGCUCCACCUCAAGGAGCGCAUGGCGGCCCUGGAGGAGAAGAACACGCUGAUGCAGGAGCUGGAGAGCUCGCAGCGGCAGAUCGAGGAGCAGCACCACCACAAGGGCCGCCUGUCUGAAGAGAUUGAGAAGCUGCGCCAAGAGGUGGACCAGCUGAAGGGCCGAGGGGGGCCGCUUGCGGACGGCACCCACGCCAGGUCACACAUGGGCAGUGCAGCGGACGUGCGGUUCUCCCUGAGCACAGCCACCCACGCACCCCCAGGUCUGCAUCGCCGCUACUCGGCACUGAGGGAAGAGCCUUCCAAGGACUGGGAGCCGUCUCCACUGCCUGGGGUGCUGGCCUCCACGGCUGCGCCUGCCUUUGACAGUGACCCUGAGAUCUCUGACGUGGAUGAGGAUGAGCCAGGGGGUCUGGUGGACUCCAUGGAUGUUGUCUCUCCCAGCGGCCACUCAGAUGCCCAGACCCUGGCCAUGAUGCUGCAGGAGCAGCUGGAUGCCAUCAACGAGGAAAUCAGGAUGAUUCAGGAAGAGAAGGAGUCCACGGAGCUCCGCGCUGAGGAGAUUGAGACGCGUGUGACCAGCGGCAGCAUGGAGGCCCUAAACCUGACACAGCUGCGCAAGCGCAGUUCCAUCCCCACCUCUCUGACCGCUCUGUCGCUGGCCAGUGCGUCCCCCCCACUCAGCGGCCGCUCCACACCUAAGCUUACCUCCCGCAGCGCUGCCCAGGACCUGGACCGAAUGGGGGUCAUGACCCUGCCCAGUGACUUAAGAAAGCAUAGGAGGAAGCUGCUGUCGCCAGUGUCUCGGGAAGAGAACCGAGAGGAUAAAGCCACCAUAAAAUGUGAGACUUCUCCUCCUUCCUCACCCAGGACGCUGCGGCUAGAGAAGCUUGGCCAUCCAGCCCUGAGCCAGGAAGAAGGCAAGAGUGCCUUGGAGGAUCAGGGCAGCAACCCCAGCAGCAGCAACAGCAGCCAGGACUCCUUGCACAAGGGUGCCAAGCGCAAGGGCAUCAAGUCGUCCAUUGGCCGCCUGUUUGGGAAGAAGGAGAAGGGCAGGCUGAUCCAGCCGAGUCGGGAUGGAGCCACGGGCCAUGUUAUGCUAACAGACUCCGAGCCCAGUCUGCAGGAGCCCAUGGUGCCUGCCAAGCUGGGGACCCAGGCAGAGAAGGACCGGCGGUUGAAGAAGAAACACCAGCUGCUUGAAGAUGCCCGCAGAAAAGGAAUGCCCUUUGCCCAGUGGGAUGGCCCUACUGUGGUCUCCUGGCUGGAGCUCUGGGUGGGGAUGCCUGCCUGGUACGUGGCAGCCUGCCGGGCCAACGUCAAGAGUGGUGCCAUCAUGUCUGCCCUGUCGGACACAGAGAUCCAGCGGGAAAUUGGCAUCAGCAAUGCCCUGCACCGGCUCAAGCUCCGGCUGGCCAUCCAGGAGAUGGUGUCGCUGACUAGCCCCUCCGCCCCGCCCACCUCCAGGACUUCUUCUGGGAACGUCUGGGUCACCCACGAAGAGAUGGAAACUCUGGCAACAUCUACUAAAACAGACAGUGAGGAGGGCAGCUGGGCUCAGACCCUGGCCUACGGGGACAUGAACCACGAGUGGAUCGGGAACGAGUGGCUGCCCAGCCUGGGGCUGCCCCAGUACCGCAGCUACUUCAUGGAGUGCCUGGUGGACGCGCGCAUGCUGGACCACCUCACCAAGAAGGACCUGCGCGUCCACCUGAAGAUGGUGGACAGCUUCCACCGAAGCAGCCUUCAGUAUGGCAUCAUGUGUCUGAAGAGGCUGAAUUAUGACCGGAAGGAGCUGGAGAAGAGGCGGGAGGAGAGCCAGCACGAGAUCAAGGAUGUGCUGGUGUGGACCAAUGACCAGGUGGUUCACUGGGUCCAGUCUAUCGGGCUCCGGGACUACGCAGGAAACCUGCAUGAGAGUGGCGUGCAUGGGGCCUUGCUGGCCCUGGACGAGAACUUUGACCACAAUACGCUGGCCCUGGUCCUCCAGAUCCCCACACAGAACACCCAGGCACGCCAGGUAAUGGAGAGGGAGUUCAAUAACCUGUUGGCUUUGGGCACAGACCGGAAGCUGGAUGAUGGGGACGACAAGGUGUUCCGCCGCGCGCCCUCCUGGAGGAAACGCUUCCGGCCGCGGGACCACCACGGCAUGCUCAGCGCCUCCGCGGAGACGCUCCCGGCGGGCUUCCGCGUGUCCACCCUGGGGCCCCUGCAGCCCCCGCCCGCCCCGCCGAAGAAGAUCAUGCCGGAAGCUCACUCCCACUAUCUCUACGGACACAUGCUCUCUGCCUUCCGGGACUAGCCACAGGGCCGGCUUCCUCUUCCUGGGUUUCACAGCCUCCACCGGCCCUCACCCCUCCUGCUCGGUCCUCUUCCUCCCACAGCUCCUAGUCUCCUCGUGACUUUCCACUUGCCCCUGAUCUCAGCAUAUACGCGUCCAUCCGCCUGGCACCCCACUACCCCAAGUCCCACAGUAUUUCCUUUGUAAGUCUUGGCGGCUGUGGCUGGGGUCUCAUGGGGGUGCAGAGGCCCAGGUUGUCCACGCGUGGGACUCUAGGGGAGCCAGAGAAGGGCAGCCCAGGGAGCGUGUGCAUUCCACCCUCCCUCUCUGGACCUAGCCUGGUCUGGACUACAGCUUCCACCAGGAUGAGGAUCCUGGGCCAAGGGCUGGGAUGACCCUUCCAGGAAAGGGUCACCAGACUCUGCCCUGCUUGGGCUGUUCGGCCUAGGGUCCCUGUCCACUGCUGGCUUUGCCAGAUGGUCUGACCGCUGGUGUUGGCACCCCCAGCACCACCCCUUCCCCACUCCAUCACCACAACUGCAGUUCCUGCCUCUAGGACCUGCUUGGGGGUUGGUGGGGGGCUGCAGAGGGCCCUGUUCUCCCUCAGGAUGGUAGGGCUGGGAGGAAAAAGACGGAGGUAGAAAUUCCAGGGCCUGGCUUAAGCUGAAUCUCAAAUGUGAGUUUGGGAAGAAUCAGAGAGAAAGCGACCCCUGAGCUUUGGGCAAAGGGUGAGGAUGGAGAAGCUCUCAGCCCCCUGCCCAGUGAGAGGUGUAGGAAGGCCAGCCAGAGGGAGAGCUGGUGGCCUCUGGUAGCCUUGAGCCCAAAGGGCAGUGGGAAUGCCCCCUGCCGGGCUGGGAGGAGGGGGGUUGUGUGGCUCGGGCUCUGGGGCAGAGCAGAUGCAACCACGCACUGCUGACUCUGCUCCCCGCAUCCCUUCCCUUUCUCUCCCCUCUGCCUCUCUUCUCUAGUAAUCCCAGCCCCAUAAGAAUGAACCUGAGGGGAGGAUUGAAUAUACAUUGACCCUAAAAUCAUGUUAGGGAAAAAGGCAGACUGAGGCUUCCUUUCUCUGUCCUCCCAGGAAGAAAAUAAAGCUCCCCCUCCCGUAAAUCAUGUCCCAGGUCCAGGAAAUCCAGUGUUGAAGGCAGUCACUCUCCCGCCUGUCCCCGAAUCACCCAGCCCUCAUUCCGUGCUCUUUUGGAGUGCAAGGACUUUCCUCCAGAAAUUCCCAAGACCCCCCAGCUCCCACCAUUUUAACUAUGUUCUCUAGGAGCAUGGUGGGAACCAGGGCUGAGGGAUGCAGAGUGCAAGAAAUCCCUCUUCCUCACCCAGUCCCUCAUUCUACAAAGGUGCCUGAAAAUGUUCAGGACUCAUGGGUGGGAUGAUGGAACCUAGGGCUUCAUCAAAAUUAGAGGAAAGCAAGAGUGCCUGGAGCGUGUUCCUUGGACAGGGGCCAGUGCAGUGCCAUCCUGCAGGUGGUCGGAGCAGCUGCUUUGCAACCUGAUCUGCUCGGGUUCUGAGCAGGGGCUGGACUAGCAGUGGGAUAAUGGGCCAGAGCACCCUGUCCAGAAGGGGCGAUGAAGCCUGGGGCAGUGCCAGGGCUUAAGCCUUCUGCCACUUUGCAGUAGAGGAGAAGUUCGCCAGUGGUGUUGGGUGGGCGCUCCCUAGGCUUGGGCAAGGCAGCCACCUGCCCUUGCUCUCCCUCCCUGUUCCCUGGCCUCCUUGCCCACCAGGCUGCUUGAGCUGGAGGAGUCGUUGGACAGAAAAUGAGUUGGAUGGACAGAAAGAGCCCCCAUCCCUGGGUAAUGGAUGCUAAGAUCAUGGAGAAACCCCAGAUUCCUGAGAUGGGUGGAGUUGAGCACUACAAGGCCAUCUGACUCCUUCAGGUCAAUGGCCUAGCUGUGUGGGAGAUUCAGCCCCAGCCUCUCCUCCCUACAGCGUGACCCCGUCAUGGUUGGCCAUGUCAUAAGGCAGCAGCUGGGGGGAGCCAGGUCCAUUCAGGGAACCUUGGGAGUAUUGCAGCAAGGUGAUAGAGAAAUCUGUGCGGACAGCGAUGGCGUCUUGGUGUAUCUCUUGCCUCAUAGUCAAUAUAUUUUUUUCUUUGGAGAGUCACCAGUGACCCGAGCCCUCCUCACCAGCCUCCUGUGUCUUGUCAGGUCCCUUAUCAGUACUGUACUGGCCCAGUGCAUCAGGAGUGUGUAUGGGUGUGUGUGGGUGUGAGUGUGGGUGUGUACACACCAAUAAACAACCUGGUUUUAAGACA